GGAAGUUUAGUCAGGCCCAUCUGUGGCCUAAAAUUAGCCCCCAAACACCCCCCACCCCACCCCAGAAAGGAGCUCUGGCACCUUUGUCAGUUUAAGCACACACAUACACACACAGCGCACACUGCACUUUUCUCAACUCGUUGCACCAGUGGAAGCAUUGGGCAUUCCUCAAGGACCUUUACUUCACGUGACUUGUGUUUUAUUGGAGCUCUGAAAGGGUUUCGACUUAUCCCGUUGGAAACACCAUCAACAAGCAACAAGGUGAGAUGAAAGGGUUUUAACUUGAACUAGCCUGGAGUCCCAGUAUGGUUCUGGGCCGAGCUGCCAACAUGAGUUUGAUGGACAUUUCUAAGAUCUUCUCCCUGCUCCAGCCCAAGGAGGAGGAUGAGGACGGCGAGCAGAGUCAGGCUCUGAACAACGCCGUGAGCAGCGACGAUGUAGCUCUGCUCUCAGAGCUUCUGUCUCAGGAGGAUUACAGAAAGUCUAUCAAUGCUCGAAGUGGGUGGGGGGUCCCCGUAACUCCCUUGCGCACUGCUGCUGCACUGGGACAUCUGAGGUGCCUGGAGCUGCUACUGGGGCACGGAGCAGAGGUUGACAGCUUGGACGUGAAGGCCCAGACGCCUCUGUUCACAGCUGUCAGUGGGAAACAUCUGGACUGUGUAGUUUCACUGCUGAGUGCUGGAGCAGAUCCCAAUGGCAGCCAGUACAACAACUGCUCCCCGGUGCUGACCGCUGCCCGAGAGGGUGACGUCGACAUACUCAGAGAGCUGCUUCGGUUUGGAGCUGAGGUAGAUGUGAAGCCCAAAGUCCCCGAAUGGGCCUCCAACGCCACAGCGUGCAGAGGGCCCCUCUACAUCUCAGCUGUGUAUGGACACUUGGACUGCUUUAAACUGCUCCUUCUUCACGGUGCAAAUUCCAACUACAACUGCACAGAUGAGAAAAUGUUGGCCAGAAUCAAACAGCCGAAGACAGUUUUGGAGGUGUGUCUCCGCUACGGCUGUGGGGUGGAGUACAUUCAGCUUCUUAUAGACUUUGGAGCAGACGUCUAUCUGCCGACACUCAUCAUUGACAAAACCACUAAGCAGAACGAAGCUCUGCUUCUUCUCCUCAAGGAGAGAGUUUGCCCCAAAUCUCUGAUGUCACAGGCUCGACUGGCAAUCAGAGGAUACCUCCCUUUUGCUAACAAGGAGCCUGCAAUUGACAGCUUGGACAUUCCUCUGAUCCUGAGAAAUUACUUGAAACAUGAAACCUCAGACGCCAUGUGAUGCUUUUCUUCUUUUUAAAAAUUUUUCUUUCUUUUAUACAUUUUUUAAAUUUUUACCAGAACAAGCUAAAGGACUGUUUUACAUCCGAAUUGUUUAUAUACUGUAUCUUUGGGAAGUGUAACAACAUCAGUGGCCACUAGAGACCACAGUAACACCAUACGUUGUGGAUAUCAAAAUCUGAGGCUCCUCACAGGCACUAUUGUUAUUCUGAUAUUACCUCACUAAAUCCACUUUGGCUCACUCCUUCACUCGGGUAACAUUACACAGACACAUGUAGUCACCUUACUUAUUUAGACAUCCAGACACACACACACACACACACUGUCUGCACCACAACAGGAUGUCUUAGAUCUUGCCUGAAAAACAUUCUUGUGUCUUUGGACUUCAAAACACCAGGAAGCAGAAUGAAAAGCCUCCACUUCAGUGCCUCCAGCUGGGAGAAUAUGUUUCCAUAACGCUCAUUACUUAUUGAUUAGAGCAUAAUUAUUUUCAGGAUUCAAUUUUAGUGUUUAGAAGUUUGUUGAUUUAAAAAAAAAAGUUUUAUUUUGUGUGUGUGUGUGAUUAGUGAUUACCACUGUAAUAUUAUUUAUCGUACAUAAUAUACCCUGGAGUUAAUGUGUCAGCUGUUAGGAAUGGGCCCUACAAACAAACAGGAGAUGAUGUCACACGACAGGAAGGCCAGCACAAUGCUCUCACUCACAGACUGAUGCCUCGAACCCUCCCCCCCGCAGUUCUGUAGUUUUAUUUUCAACAAAAAGUACAGCUAUAUCAGAUAUGGAUUGAUUUUUUUUACAGCAAAGUACAACAUAUUCCCAGUGCUUCUGAUUACAUCAAAACAUAUAAUGUACAUACAGUUGACAUUUCCACUCUCCCAUUCACAGUUUCUGGAUUGAAUAGGCAUUAUUUUUCAGGUUUUUCAUCUCUACAACAAAUAAUCAAACUCAAAAGCCAGCAAGAAAGAAAAUGACAAAUGUUUGCAUAUGAUGACAAAGGAUAUGGAUUCUGUGAGUACAUUUUUCACUUGAAAAAAAAAAAUCCAGACACCCCCCCCUCCCAAACCAAACCCUGAAACCAGAUGGUAAUAUACAAUGAAUAGUGUCCAAAUGUGGGAUGUCAGUCUUCUGUUUGUUGCCAUUGAACACCAACAUCGGCAUAUGGCUCAUUGAAGACUUUUACCCUGACUAUUCUGGAACAGCACAGGACUGCAUAACCGACUCCAAGGAGUUCCUACUGAAGAUGUUGCUAUGCUAACUGUGAGUGAACGCGUCUACUGGCUCACCCUGGACUAGAAGGAAUUACAUAAAUCUGUGCAACUUCUGAUGCAUUCAACUAACUUGGCUGCCUUAGUUAUAUGACUGGAAAGAGAAAGCGAAAAAACAGAAAUAAAUUUGGACAGAAGGCUAUCCUCUCAGCUCGGAGCACAAGGUCAGAUUGAUAGCUUUAUAAGAAAACUCAAACCGGCGUAUAUACAUCAUUGAAACCAUGUGGCCAAAAUGGUACUGUUUAAUACUGCUGUCAAUAAAUACAAGCGAGGAACUGCUUUGUAAUGUCAAGUCAUUGUACUUAAAAGGAACAAGAGUGUGAUAUGAACAGCUGUGAAAUACUGUGUGUGUGUCUCUUCAGGAUUAUGUUUAUUUUUAGCCCGUCCCAAGAGGUUUCGAAUUUAUUCAGCUCUAAAUCUAUACACAAACACCCAAGAUCAGUGCUAACUCAUAUUUGGUUCACUGUUGUCGUAGAAAAAUGAUUACCCGUUUUGCCUCUGCACAUAAUGGCAUUCCACAAAAAAAUAAAACAAACCCAAAAAAGUCAUAUAUUUAGGAAAACAAUAUUAACCAGCAGUCUGUAGCAUAGCAGUGUGGGUUUAAAACGAUGCUAGAGUUUAUAGUACCCAUCAUAUCUGGGCUAAGAGAACAUCAGUGCCUUUGAUUUUCCCUAUCAGCAGUUCAGUGUUUUAUUCAGGAAAAGAU